UGUGAUAACAGUCGUGUAUUUUUCUGUCGAGACGGGCUUGUACUCGACUCAUCAUGUGAGGAUAGCAGUUAUUUGACUGGGAUAUGGACGAUCUGGAUGGCUCCUGGUUGGAGCCCAGGUUGUUCCUGCAGGUAGCAACUACUGUGAGUGCAAACUGGACUGAAAGCUCGGAGCUGGGGGUGUCCAAGCAGACCCAGCUGGUCCUGGAGAUCCUCAUGGUGCUGAUGUGUUUGGGCGCCGUGACAGGCAACAUUCUUGUUAUUGUUAUUGUGGCUGCAACCAAAACUUUCCACUCGGUGACGUCGGUGCUCAUCAUGAACCUGGCCAUCAGCGACCUCCUGGUGGGCAUCGGGGUCAUGCCGUUUGUUGCUCUGUCCGUCAUGAACCGUGGAUGGGUGGAUUGCACGGACCUCUGUUCGUAUGUGGGUUACACCUCCUCUGUGUACUGCACAGCUUCUGUACUCACCCUGGCUGCCAUUGCCCUCGACCGCUACCACUCCAUCAUAGACUGCUUGCGCUACAGCUCCCGCUGCACCCUGUGGAGAAUUUGUGCUGUGGUCCUGUGGAUCUGGCUGCAGGCUUUGGUCACCAGUUGCCCCCCACUGCUGGGCUGGAGCUCAGUCAGCUAUGUGGACCCCAUGUACAGCUGUGCAGUGAACUGGGCCAGCAGUCCUAGUUACACCGCUUUCAUGGCUUCCCUCUCGUACGUCUUACCUGCAGUGGUCAUCCUCUUCUGCUACGUGAACAUUGUCAAGGUGGCCCGCAGCCACGCCAGGAGGAUUCACACUCUCGAGGACUCCGUGCAGCGCUGCAGGAAUCUCCCAGACUAUGCUCCUGGGGAUUCUUCCAACCAGCACAGCGGGUGCCACCACACCCCAUCGAGACUGAUCUACCACAUAAGUGGACAGUUUGUGUCUCAAGUUGGUACAGGGGAAGAAGAUUAUAUCAACGAUGCUCUUCCUGAAGCUACCACAGAGCAGAGAAGAUCAGCGUCCAGGCGCUUUUUCUCCUUCCUGGCUCAAAGUGCCUCCCAAGUUCCUCUCCAGAACUCCCAGCAGCAUCACAGCCACCAUGGUGUGGUCCGGCUCUUCAUGGUCAUCGCAGCCUUCUUCCUCUGCUGGACACCUUACAUAAGCGUGGCCCUGGUUCAGGCCACAGAAACUGCAAUUUCAGGCCAGUCCACCCUCGUCCCAAACUCUGCUGUUACUUUCUCCUACUGGCUGGUGCUGUUGAACUCUGAUAUCAAUCCUCUACUGUACGCACUGCUUAGCAAGCGUUUCCAAAACGCUCUUCAGGGACUCAGGCAAAAAAUAAGCACUCGUCUGGGGAGCGUAGUGGGAAGGGGAAAUGAGCUCAGACCAGAGGGAGAUGAUGGAAGGAGCAGCGAGCCCAGCACGCUGACCACCACCCAUCCCGGGCUGGCCUCCAGCUCUGAGAGCAACAGAUCAUUGUGUUCUCACUCCAUCUUCACUGUCAGCACCGACUUCAAACAUCAGCCUGAGAAACAUCUGUGCAGUGUGUGUCAUCCUCAAAAGAGCUCUACGUGGCAAGAAGCAGCAAGUGACAGAAGAGCAGACUGCCUGCAGGUCCCCUCCCGGCCACAAGAGGGCAGCAGAUUACCUUUUUCUGCUGUGACCGAGGAGCGGCAGGCCACUUUUUUCUAUGGCCAGAUAACAGUGAGAGUAGAGCAUGACAUUCCUUAGUCAGGAUACCUGUGGCAUCAGACAUGAGACCACAGUUAACAACUAUUUUAUUAUUUUUAUUUUAUCCGGCAAUGAAUUGAUUGUUUGGUCAAGAAAAUGUAAGAAAAAUUGAAAUUUCCAUCCCAGUUUGACCUAAUUUCUGAUUAAUCUUCCGGUUUUUUUGUUUUUGUCUGACCACCAGUCUUCAACCCAAGCAAACUGACGUUAUUAUCACAGAAGAUCAGUAAAAAAAAAAAAAAAAAAAGCUAACAAAUAAUUCAUUUGUCCUAGAAAAAAAAAUGGAAGUAGUCACUGGACAAUCCAAGGUCCCGGGCACCUUUCUGUGUGGAGUCUGCAUCAUC